UUUUUGUUUCCUGCAGAAACAUGAACGAACUCAGAAAACUGAAGCGUGGGAUCAGCACCAAGCGAAGCGACCCUGUCAUCGUCCAACAAGCCCAAAUUCCCUUUGAUGAGUGGGAGGAGCAACAACGGUAUUGGCCUUCACCGCUGGUGCCGCUGGCGACCCCAUCGCCACGGGCGCCUCUGGUGAGCCCUUCACUGAGGGCGCUGCAAGUGAGCCCUUCGCCGCGAGCGCCACCGGUGAGCCCCACGGGGUCACCGCGGACCCCAGGCGGGAGCCAGAAGAAGCCGGUGUUGGGCAAGGUGAAGAGCAAGGCUAAGAAGUGGAUGCAUCUGCUGCACCACAAGAAGAAGCUCCCCGCGCACGAGGAGAUGAUGAUGUGGACGCCGCGUAUCGGUCCUGGCUUGGACGAUGGCUACAGUAGGGGGGAACUACACGAUGCCGAUGAGCACCUUGGGACACCAAGCACAGCUCUCCACCCAACUUCAUUUGCUGAGUCGGCACACGAACCUGAGGUGUACAUGGAAGUCCCAUCAAGGCAGAACACACCAGCCCCGAGCCCCAACGCGCGCCAGGAACAGCCAUUCUUCAAGGUCAGCAGCCGGUUCGAGUCAGAAAUGAAGGAAGCCAACGAAAUGCUGAUGGAAUCGAAGCAGCUCCGUGUCAGAACGUCCAAGCAGAAGACUGUGACGUUCGCACCGAUACUAGAAUAUGGGCCAGAGAUCGAAAACAAAGGCCGAAGCGUCGACAAAGAACUCCCUGAAUCAACAACCGGAGUAUUCAGAAAGUCAUGCACUACAGUAUACCAGGCUGGCCUAAAGAUGGUUUCUAGAAUCCAAGAUACAAUGGUAGCAUACAACAUCGACAGAAGUCGCGCGGUAGAGAAAAUAGUAUCAGUCAAUAGAUACCUUAUGCUGAAGCUGGAGCCUGGAGAAGACGACGAAGCGCUUGCGGAAGGCAUCACCGAGGCUGUCCUAAAUCUGUUGGAAGCCUGGAGCGAGAAUGUCGAAAGGCCUUUGAUGCAGAGGUCAAAGGAGAUCUCUUCCUGGUUCCUGCAUGGAGGGAGAGAAGAAUCACUUCCUGUCCCAGUGUCUACGCAUCCUUGUGCAAACGAAGGUAAUCUUCACCAGAUGCAGAAGAGUUCUAUUCAUUAGAUAAUUAACUACUAAUUGGAGCAAAUCAGAGUGACACGGCAUUAGUAGAGUUUGUUCACCUUACAAUAUAGACCCUUGGAGGCAAAGACUAAGAGCGUGCCCCAUGUAUACUCUGUUCAUAGAAUUAACAUUGUAGUGAAAACAUCUUGUGUAAUGUGUAUUACAAGUGAAACCGAAAGGAAAUUUCCACACCUUUGUACAAGAAAGUUUACAAGUAAACGACUGCGAUCUUGAUUGAUGACCUCUUCAGACGAACCUCGGCACUAUGGUUCCAUCAGAGAUUACAUUUCUACAUUUACAAUAACUGAACCAAAAAUACUCAACUCUACAGCUAACUUAUGCAAAAAAAAAGGCACAAAUCAUGCCUUUAAAUGAGCAACUGCCUCCAUAUUCAUAUCAAACUGAAUUUCGAUACAACCAUAUUAUGGUCGACACAAAAGCAAAUUACACAGGUCAACUUUACAUAAUGACAAAAUUGAUAACUCACUUUUAGAAUAUUGAGAUUAGAAAAAGAUAAGUUACAUAAUUGUUUGAUCUCACAACAUUCACUGGUACAGCCAUACAUACAUGACAUAUCAUCUCUUUUACUGGACCAUUAGGGACUGGGUUUCACUACACACACGGUAUAUGUUCAUAUGGGCAAGUGCAGAAAGGCGCCAGUGUAAACCCUGCCACUUCAGAUA